GGCCACCUCCCGGUCAUCUUCUUGGUCUCUAGGCUCUCACUUCUCUCUUGCUCUGUCUGUCUAUCAGUCAUCUGAGGCGACUUUGAACUGAUCGAAUUCCGGUUAACACUUGGGGUGAAGCCUAAGCGGAUCGGCGUCGCACAUCUGGCUGCACUGUACAGUGUACAUUCCGUCCUGCCCCAUUUAUACUCGGUGUUUUGCCACGACGACGGCCCCAUGUCACCAUGGCCAAGAUUUCCAGACUUGAUGGUCUCAACGAGGACAUUUUAUACUGCAUCCUUGUUCAGGUCGCAGCUCUCAGAACGCAAACCGAUGAACAGAGCAUUGCUCUCAAGAAUCUAUCGACGACGUGCAAGCGCAUGCGCUCGUACUGUAUGCCUGUCCUCUUUCAUGAGUGUCAGUCUAUAGUUCGCUUUGGCGGCGUCCCACCGGAGGCUAUUCGUGCGCAUGUUAGGCACAUCAAAUACAUUCGCGCUUUCCAUAAGAUCGAAGAGGUCUAUGCUGCUGGAUUCUAUAACGGCAUGAUGGUACCUAUGCCGUUGGUCGACUCCUCCGGCAACAGUAUCGUCAAAAUCCCUCCCCCUCCUCCAUUUGGUCUCGAGCUCGACUACCUUCCCAACGUACGUGCUGUCACAUUCCUUCUGUGUCCGGGAGGCGUGCCCUGGUACGCUCUCACGAAAUGCCUGGAUUAUCCUAAUGUCACGUCUAUUUCCAUCGACAAAGACUCGGCGUGGAUAUUCCCCCCACCGUCCCCCAUCCCGGCCGACCUGUCACCGACAUCCCACGGCUGUCGGCUCACUGAAUUCAUAUACACACCAUGUCAGUGGCGCGAGACGCAAAGCCGGUUGCGGAAGACAAACAUACAGCCAGCGUACGCCUACGAGACGAGCUACCUCCGCGCGCUUGUUCUUGCCAUGUCCGACACCGCCGAGUCGCUCACCCUCCCUGUCGAGACGGCACCGCUCUUGGAGAUGGCUAAUAUGGACUGGCCGCGUCUGCAUACGCUGUCGCUCACCGGGCGAUAUACCCAUCCAAAUCAAUGUCGUGCUAUCCCCCUCCUCCUUCUGCGCAUGCCGAACCUGCGCUCACUCUCGGUCAAAGUGAUGCAGUGCGAAGUAAUGCGACGUCCCCUUCUGCUCAAGGAGCCUCCGGAUACUAGCUACCGCCUACGGUCAUUGACGAUCUCGUAUCCGAACCCGGAAGAUCCGAUUUUCUCGUAUAUCGGAGAUGCCGUCGAUACCUCCCAGCCAUAUUCCCGAUCCUCAGGGCGUCCGAAUGUUUAG